GAAUGUUUGAAGCAAGCAAAUGACUUGAGUGGUUUGUUGCUACUCUAUUCUUCUUUAGGAGAUGCUGAAGGAAUAACCCAACUUGCCUCUCUUGCCAAAGAGCAUGGGAAAAACAAUGUUGCAUUCCUCUGUUUAUUUAUGUCGGGCAAAUUGGAGGACUGCCUUCAACUGUUGGUUGAGAGCAAUCGGAUACCUGAAGCUGCAUUGAUGGCUCGCUCCUAUCUUCCCAGUAAGGUGUCAGAAAUUGUUGCUCUUUGGAGAAAGGACCUUAAUAAGAUAAAUCCAAAAGCUGCAGAGUCCCUGGCUGAUCCGGAAGAGUAUCCAAAUUUGUUUGAGGAUUGGCAAAUUGCGGUUGCUGUUGAAUCCAGAGUCUCUGGGAUGAGGGGUAAUUAUCCUCCGGCAGCUGAAUAUUUACAACAUGCGGAUAGAUCAGUAGCAAGUCUUGUGGAGUCCUUCAGAAACAUGCAAAUGAAUGAAGAACCAUUGGAAAAUGGAGGCUUGGAUCAUGAGGUAUGUGUAUGUUUUUGCCAGCUUUACUGAUUUCUAUUCAAAACAACCAAGAAGAAUGCCCUGCAUUUAAUUUUGCUACGUUUGAUCUCUGCUAUUUUUUUAAGUUUUACUUCAGCAAAGCAGCAAGUUAAUUUCAAACUGGCAAAGAAUAGUGUUACCUUUUACAUUUUCCAGAUGGUUCCAGACUCUAAUGUUCCAUACUGUAUUUUUUAGACUUUGUAUAAGUUUUCUUGUUGGAU